UGUACUCUCUGUAAGAAUAUGUCUAUGCUGGAGCUUUUUUAUGCGAAGUCAACUGCAACCGCUCAUACUGCGAUAACAUUUCCGUCUUCGUAGGAGAGAGCCCUCUCUACACUUUACUGUUUCUUUUUUCGUUUAGACGUCAUAGUUAUAAGGCACAUGCAUCAUGCAUUUCCUUCGAGACGGCCCAGCUGCAACGCCUCGGCCCUCGGUGGUCAGGAGCCUCGAUGCAUUCCAGCACCAGCUAGAAACUGGUAUAGUGGAGGUGAAUGCAAACCUAAUGACUCGAGAGGACCUGAUUGAGUGGAGUGCGAAGGUUAAAGCCGCAGCCAACCGCAUAAAAUGCCUAAGAAUUCUGUGCGUACCAAGGGAGUUCUGCCAAUCCUACUACCACUACAGUCACGUUCAAGUCCGCACAGAUGUUCCACGUCGCCUGCUUAUGAAUGUCCACAAGCUGGCCGUCAAGGUUGCGUCGGCGAAUGUGCAACACCACCUUGUCCGCAUGGCCUUCUACAAGGCGGUGUGUGCGGUGGUGCGAGCGGGGCUAGUGGAGGAGCUGGAGCUGGGGCUGCGCUUCAGCGAGAGCGGCUGCGUGAUGCUGUCGCAGGCGCUGGGCGGCAACAAGUCCAUUCGCAAACUCAGCUUCGCGGGCAGCCACAUGGGCGACGAGCGGCUGGCGUGGUACCAGCCCGGCCUCACCGCCAACACCAGCAUCGAGGAGCUGGACCUCAGCGGCUGCGCGCUGUCGGAUGUGGGCAUGCAGACCAUCGGGGCGGUCAUCAAGGCCCACACCACCCGGCGUCAGUACAUGUCGUACGACCAGCAGCUCCGGUGCUACCCGGACUCCUCUCUGCCGCCCCACGCGGCGCACGCUACCUUCCAUGCGCAGCUGCGCUCCAUUGCGGCGGCGGUGGACGAGCAAGUGGGCGGCUACCUGCGGCUAGACGUGUCGGAAAACGAGCUGACCAACCGCGCCGCCACGGUGCUGUGUGCCGCGCUGUCGUACGACCGGCGCCUGCUGAAUGUGGGCAUGCGGUCCAACAAACUAACCGCCAUCGGGGAGUACGAUUUCGUGAUGCUGAUGAAGGAGCACCAGGCGCUGGUGCAGGUGGACCUGCGGGACAACGCGGAUCCGCAGCUGGGCAUACUCAAGCUCAAGCGCCGAGUGGCCCCCCGCGUCUUCUCCACCGCACUCGGCUUCCAGCCCAACCCCGCUGCGGGGGCGCCCUACUCGCCGCAGCCCACCGAGACCAGCAUGCCGCUGUGGGCCCUCAAAGAUGACGUCCACGAUGACUCCCUGGGUCCCACCCCCCUGGGCUCCCCGCGCUCAUCCCAGCAGCCCCCCAACUCCCCCAGCCGCCUCUCCACAGUCAGCUGGGGAGACAACCACCUACUGACCCGUGGGUCGUCACCCAAGGUAACCAUGCAAAAGGCGGCGGCGGCGGCAGCCGCCGCCGCUGCCGCUGCGGCAGCGGCGGCAGCCGCUGCUGCGGCCGCCGCCAGAGGCAGCGGCGGUCUGUCCCGCAGCCGCAGUGGCCGACUGAUGGGAGGGAUGACCCGCCACAGCUAUAGCGGUGGAGGAACGACACCAUCGUUCCUUCGGAGCGCUUCGCUGGGUCGCUCCUCCUCCAUUGGCCGUAACUCCAACUCCACCUUCACAGCUCCUGCCUGGGGCCGCUCCGCCUCCCUGCCGCACCACAACCACGGCUACAACCGCAAGCAGCAACAGCAGCAGCAGCAACUAAACGGUGGGACGCGUGCUGGAACAGCAGCAGGGCGGGGUAGCCGGCAGGGCGACGAAGAAGAGGAUGACAGUGACGACGGCGUCCCGCUUCCCGGCAGAAGAAGGAAUACCGCUGCUGCAACGGCUAGUACGACACCUGCUGCUGUUGCUACCGGUAGUAAUAAUAACGAUGGUGGUGGCGGUUGGUCGUCAGCGGUUGAUACUGGACUGCCGUACGAUCCUGCCAAACCCCGGCUCAUGCGCGCCUCUUCCGCGCCCAUGUCUUCCUCCAUCUGGAGAACCGCUGUUCGUACACCCCGCCUUAGCGAUGGGUCUUCCCCGUACGGCAGAGAUGGGACGACAGGACCGUCUAGGCUGCCGGCGUGGGCUGAGGAGGGCGGGGAUGAUGAUGGGGAUGAGGGGGAGGCAGAGGGCGGGGGAGGGCGUGUGAGCGGCUCGGGAGGAGGAGGGGCAGCGGGAGGAGAGCUGCUGCGGCGGAGGAGCCAGGAGAGUGUGGAGGGGGCUCCGUUGAGUGUUGCGACAUCCGCAGCUUCACUGGGAUCUACAGGAGGAGGGGCUGCUGCUACUGCCACAGCUGCUGCUGCUAACAAUGCUGCUGCAGCCUUGGCGGCGGAGAAGGAGGAGAAGGAGGCAACGCUGUCCGGUGAAGCAGGGACAGCGGCCACUGCUGCUGCCUUGGCUCCGGAAUUGCUGGGAGGUACCAACGAACCCACAUUGGGCGGCGCCAGCGGUAACGGCCAUCAUCACCAUCAUCAACACAACGACGCUCACGGCGCAGCAGCGGCGGCGGCAGCAGCUCAGCGAAUCCAUCGACGCAUGCCACCUGCCGCCCUGGCAGCAGCGGCGGCGGCGGCAGCAGCAGCAGCAGCGGCGAAUGGAGGCCAUUACCCUGGAGGAGGUUUCCAGCGAUCCGCCGCCCUCACAGCUGCCGCCCUUGCCUCCGGAGACUCCUUUGGUUUCGAACGUCCUCCACCCUCUACUACUGCCGGUGCUGCUGCUGCUGCUGCCACUGCGGCUGCUGCAACUUCACAAAGAGGUGCCGUACACGCACCCGUUCCCAUGCCGUACAACCAGCCGCCUCCGCCUCCGUUGGUUCUUAGAAACGGCGGCGGCGGUGGGGGCUUUAGCUCUGCUCCGUCCAGUGCCAGGACCUAUCAAUCCGGAGCUCCUUCCGCUCCUUCCACGAAUGGCCUAGUGGCCUUUUCUGUCGCUUCCACUCCCGUACAAGGCGGAAACGGUACAGCAUCAGCACGAGGAGGAGUAGGCGGUUAUGGUGGUUACAACGGAGGCGGUACGACGAUGUACGGCAGCAGUAGCAGGAGCCAGCCAGGAGCAGGUGGAGGAGUGGACGCUAGUGAUGCCGUACGGCAGCAGGCGUUUUUGAGUAUGUUCCACCGUGAGGGGGUGACGGGCGUGCGGAGUACGUCGGAUCAGGGCUACUAUGGCGAGUUCUUUAGUCCGUCUGACUCGCAACGCAGCCCGCAGCAGCAGCAGCAGCAACACCCAUCAGGAGUAUGGAGGGGCAAUGCGUCCCACGUGCACAACGAGGGAGACGACGAUGGGGGCCUGGUUUCAAGCCCCGAGGGAGGACCCGCGCCGGCGGCACGGAGCCGCCUGCUGAGGAAGAAGACGAAGAAGUCCUCCAUAAAAAAGGUGCAGCUGGGAAGCAACAACCACACCACCAACAACAACAACACGAACGCGGCAAGCACGAAAGCUGCAGCCGGGCGGAGGUCACAAGGCGGCGGAGGCCGCAGCAGCGGAGGCGGCUCAGGGUUUCUCACCGCUCGCUCAGGGACCGAGCCUACCCUCCGCCGCAGCGGCGGGCGGUCCGCCACCGUCACCGCCGCCGCCAAGACUACUACCAAGGCCACUGCUGCAGCCGCAGCCGGCGACGGUGGUAGUAGUGGUGGCGGUGGAGGUGCAUCAGCCGUCAAGCGCCGUACGUCGCGUCGACGGCGGGGGCGACAACAACCGCAACCCGCCGAGCAGAGUCCUCAGGUGCUAACACUCCUAGAGCGAUCGCUGCUGCAAAUAGCGCAGGAGGUUAGCAUGCUUGAAGCCGCCGCCGCAGAGGCGGCGGUGGCGGAGGCGGCGGCCGCUGAGGAGGCGGAGCGCCAGGCUGCCGCCGAGGCGGCGGCGGCGGAAGAACAAGCGGCGGUGCAGGCGGCGGCGGAGGCGGCGGCCCGCCGUGAGCGCCGCGCGGCAGCGGCGGCCAAGGCCAGGGCCGCGGCGGAGGCGAAGGCGAGGGCGAAGGCGGCGGAGCUGCGGCGGAAGCUGGAUGCGCUGGCGGAAGUACGGCAGUACGACGGAGCCGCUGGCGGCGCCGCCGUCAGCGUCAACGUCACCACGAUAUUGCAGCAGUUGGACCGUUGGUGCGGGCUGUGCGACGAUGCGCUGUUAAGGCCUGUGAGCGUGGCGCCCGCGGCGGCGGCGGCGGCGGCAGUGAAAAUGAGUGCGGCACGCACAGCGGCGGCGGCCGGUGCGGCAGGGGCAGCAGCGGCGGCGGCCGGGACUGCAGUGUGUAAUACAAGGGCGGUGGCGGGCCAGGGUACGACACCUCGGCAGCCCAUUCAGAUUCCGCAACGUCGGCGGUGAUGGCGGAAGAGGAUGUGAUGAGCUGGCUGUGGCCCGUUUGACGAGCUUACACCCACGAGAGAGGUAUUCAGGAAUGACACUGCGACUUAUGUAUAACGUUGACAAACUGGUGGGGUUUGCUGUGUGUACGGUACGAUUUAUGAUGUUCUGCGGUAACCUGGCGACAGCUGUGUUACUCUAUACUAUGGUACGUGAUUCAGUUCAAAUUGUUAUGUACGGUAGUUCGGUGGGUGGUGUCGUGACGGUACGGUGUGUAUGGUGGGUCAUGAGAGCCCCCCGGUUAAGAGGUGGGCUACACCUGUUGCGUGCGAUCGCCCGGAAUUGAACGCCAUCAGCCAAAACAUAUUGGCAAUCAACAUUGAAGAUGAGGUACCGGUAACUAAGCUUUGCGCAGCUGCUUCAUGGCUGCUGGAUGAGUAGCUGAUGAGGCUCGGUGACCACUGCAAGUCCACCCUGGAGGCACUACCGGAAAAGCAGGGCCGGCAAUGUAUACCCCCCCUCUGCUGGUCUCAGCUUUUGCUUGAACACUGUCGUACACUUGUACUUGCUGCGGUUUCUGGUUGGGUAACUAAGUAGUUGCCUUUCAGGCUGCCUUGGUUCAUGGUAGAAGGGCUCCUUCCUUUUCCAAACUAUGCGCUCGCUGUACUCCCAUCUGGCAGUGUUUGCUCACGUCUCACGUUUGAUGACCCAUGGGUCGUCACGACGCCUAGCACAAUGCGUUUGUACAUCAUGCCUGCUGUCAUGCGUGGCUGGAGGAGGAAGACGUGCAAGACAAGACUGGGAAAGGCGAGGCACAUGAUGUAAAGGAAAGCCUUCGA